UUUCUCUCAGCAUCUCCACCCAACCAGCAGAAAACCGGUAUUUGAGGUUCCACUAAAAUAUGGAACUUGAUUUUGGACAUUUUGACGAAAGAGAUAAGGCAUCCAGGAACAUGCGAGGCUCACGGAUGAAUGGGCUGCCUAGCCCCACUCACAGCGCCCAUUGUAGCUUCUACCGAACCAGAACCUUGCAGGCACUGAGCAAUGAGAAGAAAGCCAAGAAGGUACGUUUCUACCGCAAUGGGGACCGCUACUUCAAGGGGAUUGUGUACGCUGUGUCCUCUGACCGUUUUCGCAGCUUUGAUGCAUUGCUGGCUGACCUGACUCGGUCUCUGUCUGACAACAUCAACCUGCCUCAGGGAGUGCGUUACAUUUACACCAUUGAUGGAUCCAGGAAAAUCGGAAGCAUGGAUGAACUUGAGGAAGGGGAAAGCUAUGUUUGUUCCUCAGACAACUUCUUUAAAAAGGUGGAGUACACCAAGAAUGUCAAUCCCAACUGGUCUGUCAAUGUGAAGACAUCUGCCAACAUGAAAGCCCCCCAAUCCCUGGCUAGCAGCAACAGUGCCCAGGCCAGGGAGAACAAAGACUUUGUGCGCCCCAAGCUGGUGACCAUCAUCCGCAGUGGGGUGAAACCUCGGAAGGCUGUGCGUGUGCUUCUGAACAAGAAAACGGCCCAUUCUUUUGAGCAAGUCCUCACUGAUAUCACUGAAGCCAUCAAACUAGAGACUGGGGUUGUCAAAAAACUCUACACUCUGGAUGGAAAACAGGUAACUUGUCUCCAUGAUUUCUUUGGUGAUGACGAUGUAUUUAUUGCCUGUGGUCCUGAAAAAUUUCGCUAUGCUCAGGAUGACUUUUCUCUGGAUGAAAAUGAAUGCCGAGUCAUGAAAGGAAACCCUUCAGCCACAGCUGGUCCAAAGGCAUCCCCAACACCUCAGAAGAGUUCAGCUAAGAGCCCUGGCCCCAUGCGCCGGAGCAAGUCUCCAGCUGACUCAGCAAAUGGAACCUCCAGCAGCCAGCUCUCUACCCCCAAGUCUAAGCAGUCUCCCAUCUCUACACCUACCAGUCCUGGCAGCCUCCGGAAGCACAAGGACCUGUACCUGCCUCUGUCUUUGGAUGACUCAGACUCACUUGGUGAUUCUAUGUGAAGGAGGAGAGCGUGUUCAGAGUCCAGAGUACAAAUCCAAGAUUACUGUUACAAUAGGGUACUUCUGCUCAAGUGUCCAACAGGGCUAUUGGUGCUUUCAAGUUUUUAUUUUUGUUGUUGUUGUUAUUUUUUAAAACAUACUGUAUUAUGUUGGGUUUAUUUUUCUGUGAUUUCUCCUCUGGGCCACUGAUCUAUAGUUACCGAUUAUAAGAGAUAGAUUGAUAACCAUCAUUUGGGGUAACUUUCCUGGGAUUCAAAAUGUGCUAGUCCAUGACCUUUAUAUUGAACACUUAGGCACCUGCAUUAUUUUCUCCUGUCUCACUUUGCUUAUACAUGACAGUUUUCCUUUCAUAGAGGGAUGUUUACAUGCAUAACACUUAAAAUGUGUGUGUGUGGGGAAAAAAUCAUUGGCAAAUCCAAGAGUGACAAACACAAAAUCACUAAUACCCCUUGUCUCUUAAUCUCAAGAAUGCUAUAAAAUCCUGGGAAGAUGGCAAGGCAGCUCCCCAGUCUUGUUCUUUACUCCUAAUUGAACACCCUGUUUGUUGUCUAACACAAGUUCUGGUUGUCAAUGGGGAGAAACACCAGCAACUUAUAAUUCUGACACCAGACACCUAGAACUAUGACACAGGAAUGGCCAAACCAGACUAGGCAGAAAUGGGGAUACACUAUAGACAUCUAAGUAGAAUUUAUAAAGUGCAGUGAAUUUUUUUUGUCAAUUGCUCCACUGGGGCAAUUUAGAAUCAAUAAGCAAUUAAUUAGAGUUGGGGGUGAGGGAUUUCAUAUACCUGGUUCCUCUAAGAGUCUGUCCAACAUAGCAAGUUAUUACACAAACUGAAUGGUAUCCAUCUAUCUCUGUUCUAUUGAAUGCCUUGUAAACAGCCAACACUGAAAAAACUGUGAGAAUUUGUUUUCAGGUCUGACACAUUUUGGUCGCUUUUUAUAGCAAGAAACCAAUAUCCUUUUUAUAAAACCUCAUAUCUAUAUUUCAGGAGCAAACUCUUCAGGCUCCUUUUUUAUAAACUGGUGAUUUUUCUUUUGUCUAAAAAACACAUGCAGAAAAUUUACCAAAAAAA